CUGUGUUGUUUAUGGCCACAUGCGUCCCUCAGAGAGACACAGAGAACUUCAACAACUGAAAUUAACCCUCCAGUACAGGACAUCUGCCCUUUUUUAAUCAAGACAAUGACGUCUCACCAGUUCUGAUAUGCAAGUCUGCAGAUUGAACUGCACGGCUGCAUCUGCGGGAUUUGUUCCAGUCAAAUGUAACAUGUUGACAUCUCUGAAUGGUUGGCAGCUCAUCUCCAAACCAAAACUUGCUUUCCUGUUUGAGAGUGCUUCUUUUUCCAAAGUAAACUGAAUUCAACCAAACAACAUGGAAUGAAGCACUAAUGUCAUAUCAAAAGGACUUGAUCUGCAUUUGGGAGAGCAGGACCAUUUGAAUGCCUCACUGAGGCAUCCAAACUGUCAAACCUGCCGCGUCCAGGUUGAUGUUUCUCUGUGGUGGGAUUGAGGGAGAGCUGCAGCCUUGGAUCCACAGUGGAACCACAAUCCACCUGGGCACCCAGCCUAUGGGUCGGAGAUGCUCCAUGCCAGCAACUACUCCCUUGUGUUGUUGAUUCAGCUCAGUCUGCUCUCUUUUGACCUGUUUGUCAACUCCUUCAGUGAACUGCUAAGGACAGAACCUGCAGUCCAGUUGGUGCUUUUCAUCAUGCAGGACAUUUGCAUCUUAUUUAACCUGAUCAUCAUUCUGCUGAUGUUAUUCAACACCUACGUGUUCCAGGUUGGCCUGGUUGCCAUACUGCUGGAGCGAUUUAGAGCCCUGAUAAUGCUCUCCGCUCUCUACCUGACCUUCAGUAUCAUACUCCAUUCCUGGCUUAUGAAUCUGCGCUGGCUAAACACAAACCGAUUUAUCUGGACAGAUGGUCUUCAGGUGCUGUUUGUGUUUCAAAGAUCUGCUUCUGUGUUGUACUACUACUUCUACAAGCGGACCGCAGAGUAUCUGGGGGACCCUCGUCUGUAUGAGGAUUCACCAUGGCUGAGAGAAGUGUUUGUUCGGUCCAGGCAGUGAUCUGCAG